AUGAAUGAAAUCUGCGAAAUUGUGACUUCCCAAAAGGAAAAAGACAAAUUAAAUAUUCAUGGUUAUUUAACCAGUCAUAAAGAUGUUGUAAAGCUUAUUUCUAAUAUUAAACAACAAGCUAAAAAUACAAGAGAUAAGCCCAGUCAAAUAAUACAAAAUAAUUUUGCUAAUAUCUCUGAAGGAAUUAUUCCUUAUAUACUAUCAUAUGAAGCUUUUUGCUCAACUAUCAAACGCACAAGACGAACAGAAUCAACAUUAGAACCAAAAAGUCUUGAUGAAAUUGAUAUUCCUACCUCUCUUUGUUUUACAUUAACUGGAGAUCUAUUUUUUUUAAAAAAUGCAAUUGUAGAUCAAGAAGGAUAUCUUUUAUUUUCUAUGAUAAAAAAUAUUCAAUACUUAUCACAAGCAAUGUUCUGGCUUAUGGAUGGCACUUUCAAGACAGUGCCUAAACUUUUCUAUCAGUUGUAUACGAUCCACGCACCAGUAGGUGCAACAAAUCUAAAUGAAAUUGCUGAAGAAAAUAAUAUAGUACUAAAUCUAUCAAUUAUUAUUACAGAUUUUGAAUGUGCUUCAAUUAAUGCAUCUCAUAAUGAAUUUCCAAAUAUUACAAAUAAAUGUUGCUUUUUUCAUUUGGGGCAAAGUGGUUGGCAUAAAAUUCAAAAAGUUGGAUUGGCUAAUCAAUAUGGUGAUGAUGAUAAUUUUAUUAGUCAAUUACAUAUAGGAGUUUAUACAAUUAUUCAAGAGUUUCAGAAGGAACAACAAUUUGUUGAACUUGAAGUUAAAAAGAUCAUACUUGUUGAUCCACCACCAAAACGAAGACAACAAAUAAUUAAUCAAGAACAAAGAAUUAUGGAGAUUGUUAAUAAUCAUACAAAUCUUAUAGUAAUGAAUUAUUUACGUAGAAUUGCUUACAAUUUUUUUUUAUAA